AUGUAUUAUGUUAAUUUACAAUUUUUAUUGGAUUAUUCAAUUACUAUAUUUAAGCUUGAGUGUUUGAUUAGAUUAUAAUUGGUUAAAAUGCUUUUAGAUGACAAUUUUGAGUUUAGAUAAUUGGUUGAAUAUGCUUUUAGGAGGAAUAGCCAAACGCUAAGUAAAAUCUUCACAGUAGGUCUGGGUUAAAAAACAAGAAAAACCAAAUAGAUUAACAUUUACCCCCAAAAUUUGGCUGCAUUUUCAAUUAAUAUAUUGAAUUCACACAACUUCCUAUAAUUGAUAGAGUUAGAUGUUUAAGAGGAUUUUUUAAAUUAAUCAAUUAUGAUUUAUUCCUCUAUUAAGCAGAUUAAAUUUAUUUCAUGCUUAAAGUCCUUGAUGAAUAUGUUCACAAUCUUUGUUAGAUCCCAAUCUUAAUCGAUACAUAAGCACAGAAUUUACCUCAUCUACAUCAAAUUGAUAAUUUGA